AUGGGUUGUUGCUACUCAUUGUCUUCUUCCAUUGGAGAUUCUGAACAACAAACCCACCAAAACCACAGAGGAGGAGAUCCAACACCAUUAACAAAGUUCCCCUUCUCCGAUCUCAACGCAGCCACCAAUAAUUUUAGUUUGGCAAAUAUCGUUUCAGAGGGCGGAGAGGAAGCCUCUGAUGUUGUCUACAAGGGCCGUUUGCAAAACGGCGGCUUGAUCGCUGUAAAGAGAUUUAAGAUUAUGGCUUGGCCUGAUCCUAAGAAAUUUGCGGAGGAGGCACAGAGAGUGGAGAAGUUAACGCACAAGAGAGUCGUUAAUUUGAUUGGUUAUUGCUGUGAUGGAGAUGAGAGGCUUCUUGUUGCAGAGUUUAUGCCAAAUGAUACUCUUGCUAAGCGUUUGUUCCAUCAGAAAAGUCAAACCAUGGAAUGGGCAAUGCGAGUGAAAGUAGCUUAUUGUGUAGCUGAAGCAUUGGAUUAUUGUAGCAAUGCAGGUUUUGCAUCUUACAGUAACUUAAGUGCUUACACAGUUCUGUUUGAUCAGGAUGGUGAUGCUUGUCUUUCUUGUUUCGGCUUGAUGAAGGAGAUCAAAGAUGAUCAAAGAACAACCGGAAGUGUGAAUCCUCAAAGUGUCAUAUUCAGAUUUGGUACUGUCCUUGUGGAGUUGCUAAGUGGAAAGCAAAUUCCUCCAAGCCAUGCUCCUGAGAUGAUACAUGGAAAGAAUGUUAUUGAGUUGGUUGAUCCAAACCUGAAGGGGAAAUUCUCUACAGAAGAAGCUAUCAUAGUUUUCAAACUCGCCUCUCAAUGUUUGCAAUACGAGGGCAUAGAGAGUCUCAACACAAAAGAUCUUGUUACAACACUUGAAACCUUGCAAACCAAUACAAUAGUAACGGUCCCAUCUAAUGCAAUGCUUGCAAUGACAAAGGAUAAGAACGUACCUUGGACUCAAAUUUCGCCACUAGGAGAGGCCUGUUUGAGAAUGGACCUCACAGCUAUUCAGAAAAUAUUGGUGUCGACAGAAUAUGAAGAUGACAAGGAGGUCAUCGAGUUAUCUUUUGAAGAAUGGACACAAGAGGUGAAAGAUCUUCAAGAGGUUCGAAAACAUGGUGAUCAAGCCUUCCUUAAAGAAGACUACAAAACCGCCAUUGACUGUUAUUCUCAGUUCAUUGAAGGGAGAAGAAUUGUAUACCCAAGUGUUUAUGCGAGGCGUAGUCUUUGCUAUUUAUUCUGCAAUCAACCAGAGAGAGCACUCCGAGAUGGGAUGCUUGCACAAGAAGUCUUCUCUGAUUGGCCAACCGCCUUCUACUUGCAGUCUAUUGCACUAUCCAAACUAAAUAUGAUCACUGAUUCUGCUGAUACUUUGAAAGAAGCAGCUCUUCUUGAAGCCAAGAGACAGCCCCAUGAGGAAGAAUCUUGA